UUGCAGUGUUACAUAGUAUUUUUUGCUCAGUGCCAAGCGAAUCAUCCUCCCCAGCUUUCCGUUCUCUUCCACUUUGGUAAGUGUUACAGGCAACUCUCACAUGGUUUCUCUCCGCCUUUCCUUCUCCUUUCCUCAGCGGCCGGGUCGUAGGUCAUCAAACUUUCCCAAUUCGUCCUCAUUCCCCUUUUCACCGGCCAUCGUGGCCACAACCGCCGCUGCUCUUGCCGGCGCCACCGCAGGAAUCAAGGUUGCCCUCGCUAUCUCGCCCAAUUCUAACGCAAUUGGAGACCCUCCCUAUCACAAUCCGUGGAACUCUGAUGCUCCUCUCUGGGCAUCGCUAUCCCUCGCUGAAUCUCCGGCGACGGUUGUCGAACCCAAGACGGGAGUAAUUUUCCCUAGCGUCGUCGAUGGCGCCCGUCGUCUACUGGGAAUCGGAUUGCGGAAGAAAAAUGUCUUUGGGCUGAAGAACAUUGACGUCUAUGCUUUUGGUGUAUAUGCUGAAGUCGAUGAUGUGAAGAAAUUGAGAAAGAAGUAUGGAGUUCUUUCCGAUUCUGAGUUUAGAGGAAGCAAAGAAUUCUUUUCAGAUGUUUUGGAUCAGGAUAUAAGGAUGACAGUCAAACUCCAAAUUGUGUAUGGAAGAUUAACCAUUGGCUCUGUGCGUAGCGCCUUUGAAGAGUCAGUGGGCAACCGGCUUAAAAAGUUUAGCAGUUCGGGGAACAAAGAUUUACUUAAUAGGUUUACAUCACUUUUUAGAGAUGAAUACAAGCUGCCACGUGGCUCUGUUAUUGAUCUGUCGAGAGAACAAGGUUACGUACUUAGAACAAGAAUUGAUGGAAAGGAAGUGGGGGACAUCCAGAGCAAACUUCUCUGCCAAUCUAUAUUGGAUCUUUAUAUUGGUGAUGACCCUUUUGAUAAGAAGGCAAAAGAAGACUUUGAGGUGGGACUAAUAUCUCUUCUUCAAAAUUAGACUUUUCAUAAUACUAUAAUCUAAUUGUUUAUUCAACUUCAUCUGAAUUUUUUCAUUUUUAAAAUUUUAUCCAUUCGAUUUAUUCAUCCUUCAUUUUGGGCUUACUUAUUGUAUUAAGCAAUAUUUUUAGGAUUAGUUUUGCUCCCAUUGUUGAUGUUUUGAUUUCCUUAAGAGCUCGUAUGGUAUCACUUUUGUUUCC